AUGAACGAAGAUGCCGUGCUCGAUACUCCCCUCUGGGAUGACACAUGGCUUCCAGUCCCAACGUUAGACAUCGAGCCAAACGGACCCCUAAAAUUGCUCAACAUCAUCCUGGAUCCCAAAGAUCCAUGCAAUGAACACAAAAUCAUCUCGACGCAUGACCCGAACAUUGCCUUCAACAUCACCGAGUUCGAGUAUCCAAACAUGGACAAUACAGAGCGCCUUCUCACCAGGGGUGUUAGUAACGCCCAAUAUCCUGGGAUUUAUGGACGCGGCGACGCCGUCAGUCUCGACUGCUUCUGCAAGUCUCUCAAGGUAACAACCGUCAAUAAUGAGUCCGUACUCGAGAGUAUUCGGUCAAAAGCUACAGAGCCAAGAGUUAGGGAAGCCCUCAGAGACAUUCAUCGUAACCCUGCGCCCAGGCCUCUUUAUAUCAUCACCGGUAUUAAGGUCGCUACGGGGGGAACUAUGGAUAGCGUGUGGCGUCAGUGGCCCGAGGAAAGGGCUAAUAUGGGUUAUAGUAAUGAUCCUGAAGAGGAAGUGCAUUUCAUGGAAGAGAGAAUAAGGGUGCCGGCCAGUGCUUCUUAUCAGGUCAAGGAUAUUACGGCAGAACCAGGAAGUAGGACAUUGAAAGUUCGCGAGCAUACUGAGUAUGUUGAUUUUAGAACUGUAGUCGAUCUGCUGCAAGAUAUGGGUCGUGUGGAGGCGCCUCUUAUUGAGACGGAAUGA